AUGGCUGCACCUCUCACCUAUGCGGACUUGGAUCACAAUGACUGUCACUUCUUCGAUCAUAUCCUAGCCAACGACUCCGAGCGAGUCGCAUUUAUUAGAUUCUUCGAACACGUCGAGCGAAAAGAUUCGCAGCAGAAGCGCCCUCGAACCGGUACCGGUAGAGUCAAGCUAUGGAGAAGAAGCUCACGCGCGCAUUGGGUACAUCGCGCUGAAGACUCACAGCCUUUUCCUGAAAUUCUCCGCCCUACUUGGAUACCACCUGUCGCUGGUGGCACCCCAGCUGUACCUGUACCGUCUUCUCAACCUGUUGCAAGCCCACCGCAGGUCUUGACUCUUGUCGCACCUAUAGCUUCUGGUAGCAUCUCGAUUGCACCAGUCGAUGUUCCGGCAUCGCGUUCUCUUGACCUCGCCUUUGGCAGUAUAGUAGAAACUGUACUUCAAGUCCCGACCUCGCCUGAUGUCCAAAAGCGGAAACGAGACAUCAAUACUCUGGUUGAUGAUGAGCAACCAUCUAUCGGCAAAAAGGCGAAAGUGGGUGUUUAUUCCACCGAUGUUGAGCAUCCAGCUAGCAGCCAUUUUACCGACAUUGGUGGGGAGAAAUGCCCACAAUUCGUUCUGUACAAUGAGGUCGAAAUGAAGAACAAAAAAGAUUCCUACAAAGCGCUUGCUCCAUCUAAAGAGCAGUGCCGAUUCGUCCAGGAAGCUCUUGGUGGGAAAUGGCGUUUCGCGAAGGCGCUCCAUCAGCGCUCUAUUCGGUUGAUGAAAAAUCAUGGUCAAGUGGAGCGAGAGGCCACGGCGGCCAAUGCCCUUCGGGCGACCAACUGCCGACACGUUCAACAGUCUAUAGAGAUUCAGAAGGGACUGGAAAAACAAAAUUUGAAUUUCAGAGUGGAGCUUCUGGAUGAUCACCCUUCCUGGAAGCUCAACUACCAAGCUUCGGGAUACGCCUCUCAUGGCACUCUCCGCACGCUCAUCAAGAACCACGAGAGCGCCAAGCAGCCCAUCCCAGAGCACUUUUGCUGGUUUGUAUUUGGGGCGAUUCUCAUACUUGGAAGCUUUGACGCGGCUCUAUGUCUAGACCCAGAUCCCGCCAACCACAAGGCUCAGUUCGACAGCGUGCGAUUCAAGGGCAAAAGAUACUGGCAGGCUCCAGAGAAAUGCAUGCAGUACGCAAAGUCUGGGCAAUAUCCUCCAUCCAGGUGGGAGCUCGACCACGCUACCGAUAUCUAUUCGCUCGGACUGGAAGCUGAUAAUUUUGACAAAGAGUCAAAGAUUCCCCCGAAUUUCCCAGAGUACGAGUUUCCCAGUGCCAAAUACCCUCAUAGUGCUAAGUAUAGCCCGGCCCUUAUGCAAACUGUCCAGUAUUGCUUGGCUUUCCGACCGAGAUAUGAUCCUCAUGACCCAGAGAAGAAAUUCCGGCCUCCGCUAUUCCGACUUAGAGAUGACAUCAACGAAAAUCUAGCCAAAAUGGACGCCAAGUUUACUGCCAAGAUCGAGGAGGUACAAGCUAGACCGGGGCACAAGAAGCGCACCAUCUUUUCAGAUGAAGACACUCAGUUUGCCAUUGGUGCUAAGAUGCCACCUGUCCCUCUGGUAAACAUGGCAGAUCUCACCGACGCGAAAGCGAUAGAUCGUGAUAAGAAAAAGGCGCUUGAGACCUGGGAAGCGUAUCUUGUCAAUGCCGGCAGAAAGCCAAUAUCAAUGGACGCCUCAAUUGUAUCAGCCGCACUCAACGAUGUCUUCCAAAAGUUCCGGGAGUCGUUCACCGAGAAAAUAGGUAAAGAGAAGCAAGAAAAGCGGCGUCUCUACUUCAAUGCCCUGGACCACUCGAUGAAUACGUUCCAAAAGUGCAUCAAUCCAAGCGACAAGUUCAAGCAGCUUCGUGGGCAGUACGACCCAGAAUUCUUCUUACCGCGGAAUAAGUGCAUUGUGCUGAACCAGAUCCAGGGAAACAGCAAGAUUGUUCGCCGUGAGGUGAGGCAGGCAUUGCAAAAGAUUUCCGAGGAACAGAAUGAUAUCGAGGAUAAAUUGAGACAAGCCAAAGACGAUCUCGAACUUGCAAAGAGCGCCCACGACCAAGAUGAGGAUAUAAUCAAGACUCUAACUUCUUUAUAUCAGCAAUCGCAAGAGAGACAAGAGUUCAAGUCUGGUCAUGCAACGGCCUUGCAGGACAAGAUUUCUGUGUUGACCGUGCUGUGUGAGGCGGCAAAUGUCGGUUUUUCGAUUUUGAUUUUUGGUAAUGAGCUCUGGCCUGAGGAAGAUGUGAUAGAGGAGCGAGAGCAUUGGUUCCCGAAGCUUUCGUUGGUGCAUAGGUGUGUUUGGGAGUAUUUCUGGGCGAGACCUGAUGGCGUGUUUGUUGACAAGGUUGAUGAUGGUGGAAACGAGCUUGAAGAUUUAAUUAUGCAGGGGCUGUCUGAAUAG